UUUGCCUCCCCAAGAGGAAGCAUAUCAACUCACUCCACAUACUGUACAGCUCUAUUUCCUCUUAGAACCGUCCUCACCUCACUGUGCAACACUCUGCAUCUGUAAUACAUCUCCAAGUCCAACCACUCUCACAAUGGCAGCCUCAAUCGCCCCCGAAUGUAACGAUAUCAAAGAGAAAUACGACACCUGCUUUCUCAAAUGGUACAGUGAGAAAUACCUCCGUGGCAACACCACCUCCAACGACUGCGAGGAACUCUUCACAAAGUACAAGACCUGCUUGAAUGUCGUCCUGAAAGAAAAAGGCAUUGAUUCCAUGCUGGAAGACGCUCGGAAGAGCACGACCAAGGAGUUCGACGCCGAGACGCUUCGUCGAGGUUGAGAUUACUUCCAUCCUCUCAUUUUUGGUUAUUUCUUGUUCCGACAUAUUUGUUUCUGUUCUGUUUGGCGGGAAUAGUUGUUUCUAUUCUCUAUUUGUCCACAUGUGCGAAUCACGGACUGUCUGUCUGUUGAUGCCCCCUUCGAAUCUCUGUUAGGGCAUCGUCUAUCUCAGUCUGUGAUUGUCUCACCGUAGAAGUCCCCACCGACCAUUUCCUAUUCCCCAUCUCAUCUCUUUCUCCUUCUCUACUGCAUCAUACGGCGUGACCAAGGGUUUUGCUUUGUUCCACAUCCUUGAAGGAAGAAAUAGAGCCUUAUGCUUAUAUGUACUAUAUCUUGUGACUACAUUCAUGUGCAAUAUGAUCUAAGA